CCCGCCAUCGAGGCCAUCAGCAACAUCCCCGACGAAAACAGCAACAAAUCCAACGAAAACAACGCCGACCAAAAUGAAAACCCUAACCCUAGCCCUCCCCCUUCUUCCGACGAAAACGCCGUUCCCGACCCUUACAGAGCCCCAGAACCCAUCACAAUCCCCGACGACGAGCUCAACCCAAAGGAAAAUCCUAACCCUAGCCCUAAAAAACCCCCUCAACCAAAGCCGCGGGUCCAAACCGACUCAGUCCUCCGCCAAAAGACCCCGCUCCUAAAAGACCUCUACACCCUCGGCCGCAAGCUCGGCCAAGGCCAGUUCGGCACCACCUACCUUUGCAUCGAGAAAUCCACAGGCCGAGAGCUAGCCUGCAAGUCCAUUGCCAAGCGGAAGCUCCUCACCCAGGAGGACGUCGACGACGUCCGCCGAGAGAUCCAGAUCAUGCAUCACAUUGUCGGCCACCCCAAUGCCAUUAGCAUUUGGGGGGCCUACGAGGAUGCUGUGGCUGUGCAUGUUGUUAUGGAGCUUUGUGCUGGUGGGGAGUUGUUUGAUAGGAUUAUAGAGAGGGGGCAUUAUUCGGAGAAGAAGGCGGCGGAGCUUGCUAGGGUUAUUGUUGAGGUUGUGGAGGCUUGCCAUUCGCUCGGGGUGAUGCAUAGGGAUCUUAAGCCGGAGAAUUUCUUGUUUGUGAAUCGGACGGAGGAGUCAAAGUUGAAGAUGAUCGAUUUCGGGCUGUCGAUUUUCUUCAAGCCAGGAGACACCUUUACAGAUGUAGUUGGGAGUCCCUACUAUGUUGCACCAGAAGUAUUGCGAAAACAUUAUGGUCCUAAGGCAGAUGUUUGGAGUGCUGGGGUGAUCAUUUAUAUUUUGUUGAGUGGGGUCCCUCCAUUUUGGGAUGACAACGAGCAGGGAAUAUUUGAGCAAGUGUUAAGAGGCGAACUUGACUUUGUCUCAGAUCCAUGGCCAAGUAUUUCAGAGAGUGCAAAAGAUUUGAUUAGGAAAAUGCUUAUAAGGGAUGCCAAAAAGAGGCUAAGUGCCCGUGAAGUUUUAUGCCACCCUUGGGUUCAGGUUGAUGGUGUAGCUCCUGAUAAGCCUCUUGAUUCUGCUGUAUUAACUCGCUUAAAGCAAUUUUCUGCGAUGAACAAACUCAAGAAAAUGGCUCUCAGGGUAAUUGCUGAGAGCUUGUCCGAAGAUGAAAUUGCAGGCCUAAAGGAAAUGUUCAAGAUGAUAGACACAGAUAGUAGUGGUCAAAUUACAUUCGAGGAACUAAAGGCUGGUUUGGAGAGAGUUGGUUCUAAUCUUAAGGAGUCUGAAAUUUCAGUGUUGAUGGAAGCGGCAGAUAUUAAUAAUAGCGGUUCAAUAGAUUAUAGAGAGUUUGUAGCUGCAACUAUGCAUCUCAACAAAAUAGAGAGGGAGGACAAUUUAUUUGCCGCCUUCUCAUAUUUUGACAGAGAUGGAAGUGGCUACAUUACUCCAGAUGAGCUCCAACUGGCCUGUGAGGAAUUUGGUAUAGAAAAUGUCCGGCUUGGAGAAAUGAUUAAGGAAGCAGAUCAAGAUAACGAUGGACGAAUAGAUUACAAUGAAUUUGUAGCAAUGAUGCAAAAAGAAAAUGUUGGUUUGGGCAAGGGGAUUCCCAAAAGUAACCACAGUUUUGGGCUUAGGGAGGCUUUAAAGCUUGGUUAAGGUGAUUAGGUACAUGUUCUCUAUUCAAGUUAUUUUGUAAAUUCAGUUUGGCAUGCAGAUUGCAGAUUGACAGUCCUUGUGGAGGAAAAUGAAAUCAUUCUUUGUCUACAUGCAUUUUCUUUGUAUAGGAAAUAGGUCCGGUUUCAGUGUUAUAACUCCUGCAAAUGUUUAAGUAACAUUCUCCUUUGGUCGCUUAUUAUUGGACGAAACUUGUAUAAAUGUAGUCUGACAUCUGAAGAUAAAUCUAUUUAAUUCCACAAAAUACUUUGUCA